UAAAUAUAAUUAAUAAUGGGUUGUGCUUCAUCUGAUUCUGCUUCUGCAAAUAAUCCUAGAAAAUUAGAACAAUAAAAAGAGUUUACAGGAGAAAAGAUUUCAUAAGAGAUCUUUGUAGACUUAAAAGAUGGAAACAUUUAUGAUGAGUAUGAGGUCAGGUCAACAUUAGGUGAAGGAGCAUUUGGUUGUGUAAAAUUAGUGGCACAUCGAAAAACUAGUAUUAGUUAUAUAAAUAGUAGAAAUACAAUAUGCUAUGAAACAAAUUAAGAAAUAGGGAUUAAUUAAGGAAGACCAAAAGAUUUUAUUUAGUGAGAUGGACAUUUUGAGGUUAAUUGACCAUCCUAAUAUUGUUAAGUUACAUAAACUAUAUUAAGAUAAUAUCCAUUAUUAUAUGAUUACUGAUGUAUGUUAAGGGGGUGAACUAUUUGAUAAACUGGCAUCAGAAAAGAACUUUACUGAAAAAAAGGCAGCUGAGAUUAUGAAAUAAAUCUUAUCUGCUGUUACAUAUUGCCAUGAAAGGAAAAUCAUUCAUAGAGAUUUAAAAUUAGAAAACAUAUUAUUAGAAACUAAAAACUCUAAUUCUAAUAUUAAAGUAAUAGAUUUCGGUACUUCUCGUAAAGUACAAGAAAAUGAAAAAUUAAAAUUAAAAAUUGGGACUGUAUUCUAUUAAAUUAAAUUUAAGUUGUAUUAUAUGGCUCCUGAAGUAUUUUAAGGUCAAUAUGAUUUAAAAGUAGAUGUUUGGAGUGUUGGUGUUAUCUUAUAUAUAUUGUUAUGUGGUUAUCCUCCUUUUAAUGGAGAUGACACAACAAUUAAAAAGAAAAUUCAAAAAGGAACUUUUGAAUUUAAUGGUAAUACAAUCAAUUUAAUAUGAUAAUUAGAUACUGAUUGGAGGUCUAUCUCAUAAGAUGCAAAAGAUUUGAUUGUUAAAAUGCUCAAAUUUGAUCCUUAAUAAAGAAUUACUGCUCAGCAAGCACUUUCAGAUCCAUGGAUAUAAUCAAAAGCGCCUAAUACGCCAGUAUAGGCAAAUGCACUAUAAAAUUUAAAAGAUUUUUAUGUAUGAAAAUGAAACUUUAAUUUUAGAGUACAUCGAAAUUAAAGAAUGCAAUAUAAUUAUUUAUUGUUACUCAAGUUUCAACUUAUUAGGAAAAGGAAGAGUAAUUGAAAUAGUUUAAAGCUAUGGAUACUGAUGGUAAUGGAACAAUUAGUCCUGAAGAAUUAAAAAAACAUUAUUCAAAAUUUUAUGGAACAGAAUAAGCUGAGAAAUUAGUUCAAGAAAUUAUGAAAUAAGUUGAUAUUAAUUAAUCAGGACAUAUUGAUUUUAAUGGUAAUUCAAAUACUAAAUAUGAUUUUAAUUAGAAUUUUUAGUUGCUGCUGCGAACAAAGAAAAAAUACUUUCUCAAGAGAAAUUGAAGUAGGUAUUCUAGAUGUUUGAUAAAGUAAUGAAUUAACCAAUUUUAGAAUGGAGAUGGAAAAAUUUAAAGAGCUGAACUUUAAUAUAUUAUGUCAGGUAUUAAGAUAGAUGAUGGAUAAUGGAAAAACAUUUUGGAAGAAUGUGAUUAAGAUAAUGAUGGAGAGAUAUCUUUAGAUGAAUUAAUAGCAUUAAUGUAAAAAUUAAAGUGA